AUGGCCAUCCGGGACCGAUUUCGUCGCGCCCUGCGCAGAUCUGACGACUCAGACACUAUUUCUCAGACAGACUCAAAUGCCACAACAGACUCGACCCGACAAAGCUCCAGCGACGAAUCGGCGCCUCAACUGUCGCUGAAAAAGACAAGCUCGGUGCUUUCAAGGCUGUUCAAGGACACCAAGGAGAAGGAGGCCAAGGCUGAGGAAAAGAACCGCAAGAAGAACAAGGGCAGGACCUGGAAGCAUCCCAGCGAAAAGCCCCUUACGGAACAAAACCUCAAGCACCAGGAGAUGCUCAGCCAUUUCACCAUGACAUUUGGCGCCAGCGACCCAAGCCAGGUCGUCGAUCUCGACUUUGACGGCAUCAGCCCGUGCUGCACUCGUAACGGCAGCCUCGACCUUGGAUCGCCAGACAGCAUCUGA